AUGGAGGUGGUGGCGGCGGCGGGCGCUAGCGAACAGGGCCGGGGGGUGGCACCGGCGGGUGAGAGAGGGAGGGAGCGAGCGAGGGAGCAGGGCGCAGGGGUGAGGAUUUCCAAGGGGCUGAGCGGUGCGGGCGGCUCCGUGAGGAAGGCGGACUUUCAGCUGAAUUCUCAUCUCUCAACAUUGGCAAAUAUUCAUAAGAUCUACCACACCCUUAAUAAGCUAAAUCUAACAGAAGACAUUGGCCAAGACGAUCACGAAACAGGAAGUCUGCGGUCUUGCAGUUCUUCAGACUGCUUUAGUAAAGUGAUGCCUCCAAGGAAAAAGAGAAGACCUGCCUCUGGAGAUGAUUUAUCUGCCAAGAAAAGUAGACAUGAUAGCAUGUAUAGAAAAUAUGAUUCAGCUAGAAUAAAGACUGAAGAAGAAGCCUUUUCAAGUAAGAGGUGCUUAGAAUGGUUCUAUGAAUAUGCAGGUACUGAUGAUGUUGUAGGUCCUGAAGGCAUGGAGAAAUUUUGUGAAGAUAUUGGUGUUGAACCAGAAAAUGUAGUUAUGCUCGUCCUCGCUUGGAAAUUGGAUGCACAAAACAUGGGUUAUUUUACUCUACAGGAAUGGUUAAAAGGAAUGACUUCUCUACAAUGUGAUACAACAGAAAAACUCAGAAAUACAUUGGAUUACUUAAGAUCAUUAUUAAAUGAUUCUACAAACUUUAAACUUAUUUACAGAUAUGCGUUUGACUUUGCACGGGAAAAGGAUCAGCGCAGCCUAGAUAUAAACACUGCCAAGUGCAUGCUGGGACUGUUAUUAGGAAAAAUCUGGCCCCUUUUUCCAGUUUUUCACCAAUUCUUAGAGCAAUCAAAAUAUAAAGUUAUUAACAAAGACCAGUGGUGCAAUGUGCUAGAGUUUAGCAGAACAAUUAAUCUUGACCUCACCAAUUAUGAUGAAGAUGGAGCAUGGCCAGUUUUGUUGGACGAGUUUGUGGAGUGGUAUAAAGACAAACAGAUGUCCUAGGACUUUAUGCAUAGCAGCGAGAGAGUCACUGUUACCACAGUUAUGUCAACCAUUAGCCAUAAAUUGCUGUUUGUAUCCAAGCGCAUGCUGCUUUUCUUGCACUGUCUCCCUUUGGCAGGGACGUUUUGGUGUUUGCUAUUGAAUGGGCCAGCUCUGCUUGCUGUGUAGCAUUGUUCUCUUGGAAGGCUGCUUUGCAGUUUGUAUUUACACUACAGAUUGGUGAAUUUGCCAACGUCCUCACUGUGAUUAUGUUUAUAUUGCUGUUUAAAUUUUGUAUAUGUGUAUAAAAAAGAAAAAGCUUCACCUAAAGAUUAUUUCUGCAAAAAUGCAUUGUAAAAAUAAUUUUGUGGCAUAUUUCUAGUCCUUUUUUCAAAUGAACCAAUUAUACUUUAUUUGGUCUCAAAUGUAGCAUUUCACAUAACAAGACAAAACAGUUGUUGCCAUGAGCAAACAUUGCCAGAAUUAAUCUUACUGUUUAAGAGGCCAACUGUUGGAAGGAGGUGGGAGUCAUAACCUUUCAGAGGCAUAUGCCAAAUAUCAUUUGGUUUACUUCAGAAUAUUAGCAUUUUAAAAUGGUGAAAGUUAUAAUUAUUUGAACAUAUAGACGUGUAACAUGCCACAAAUCAUUUCCAUCAUGCAAGGUAAUAGUUUUUUGCUUUUUAAUGUUAAAACUGUAUUAGCUUGAAUAUAGGUACAAAUGAACAAAUUAAAAUUGCACCUUUUUUUCCAUAAGUGGGGUUUAAACUAUUGUAAAUAUUCUAUGAUUUUUUUUCUUUCUUUCUUUUCUUUUUGCCUUCUUCUAGCCUGUGUUCGAUCUGAUGAUGCUUUCUGUGCCACUCUAAGUAAAAUUUAUUUUGCCUCCUCUGUGAAAACCUAAUGGUUUGCUGGCAAUUUAUAACUGCAGAGCACAUUUAAUUAGGGCUAGAAUUUUUAGUUAAGCUUUCAUGGUGUCUAAUUCUCUAGUUUGCUGAAAAAAGAACUCUACUACAAGUGAGAGGUAUUUUGUUUUGUUGUUUUCCUUGUUUGUCUCUUUCAUGCUAGGCUUUUCCUGGCAGCAUGUCCAUUGCAGGCAGUGGACGCAAAACCACCAGCAUUGAGCUGACCCUUUUACACUGCUAGGACCUUUCCUGGAGGGGCCACUCGUCAUUGCCUGAGUCGUUUGUACAGAAUGGUGAUAGCUAGUAUUUAUGUGAAUGAGGAAACGGGUAAACAGGAUGGUUUUUUUGGAUUUGUAUGUUAUGUUUUUUUUCCUUUUUCUUUUUCUUUUUUUUUUUGCCUUGCCCUUCUUGAGGAAAUGUAUAGAUAAUAUGUUUUCACCCCAUCUAUCUGGUGCUAUUGAAUGACUAAUUCAAUCCUUAAAGUUUUAUGAACCAAGUAAAAAAACUAAUGGUGCAUUUGAACAAGUGAAUGCUAUAGUUGUGAGCCAGAUCCAUAAUUGAGCAUGUAAUGAUUGGAAGAGGUUUGGAUUAUUUUGAAAUCUGGCCAAAAAACUUUAGAUUACAUGUGAACCUCUAAAUGGCAUUAAAUGAGUAAAGCACAUAGACAAUGCUACUAUCGACCACUGUUUUAUAGUUUCUUAGCAAAAACAGUGUUCCAAUUUUCAUUUUUUCCCUGACUGAACCACCAAAGACAGAAAUUUUGUAUGUAUAUACAGUGUGUGUGCAUAUACAAAAUCAUGAUAUGGUAGAAUGCAAAUACUUUCUUUUUCUACCAAAUGGAAAGGUUUGGUUUGCUGUGAAAUAAACCAGAAAUUUAAAGAACUGUAGUGAUUAAGCAUACUUAACUAUUCCUUGUUUGUAGGCUCACUUUUAACCUCACAAAUUAAUUACCAGUUUGCAUAAAUUAUUAUCUGAAAAGAAGAGAAAAUGUUGACAGCAAUCAACAGCUCUUGAGACCAAUGCAUUGAAAGGGGUUGUGAUGGGUGCAUGUGUAUUGCAGUGGUGAUUGGCCAUAGGCAGGUUUGGAUCGGUGGAGAAUCGAUCCAUUUUCAGAAGUAUCCCCCAAAAGUUAAAAAGUCACAUUUUAAAGGCAACAGUUCUUAAAUUUGAUCGACUAUAUUUUUGUUUAAAGUAAAUAUGAAUCAUAAAUUACAUUAUUUUAAAUGAUAUGAUAGAAUCUGGGCAAUUUUUUAAACACUAAGCACAGUUAAUCUUAAAAUAAAAGGAUUGUUUCAAGGGGGAGAUGUUACAUUUCGUUCACAAGGAGCAUUUUGAUGAUAGGAGAAAAACUCAAGUAAAAAUUAUUUCAUGGUGUAUGACAUGAAAUUAAGUGUUUCUAAGGGAUAAUCUUGCAUAUUUAAAAAACUCCAAAUAAUCUUUUAGCUGCCUUGAAAAAUAAGCCUCUGGGACCACUGGGUUGCAGAGUACUUGCCCUUUGUUUUCUUGAUUUUAUGUAGUUAUUUUUAAGGGAUAAAAAGGGGCUAGACAGAGUAAUAAAAUGCUUUUUCUUAAAAAUUUCUUUAAGUUACACAAAAUUGAACAAUCAUCAAAGCACUUAUUUCCUGGCUAAUGUUAAAUAAAUUAGGGUGCCUUCCUCUGGUUUUUCUUUAGUUCUUAAGUCUGUACCUUUCUUUCCGUUGUGUUUUGAACCCCACAUUGCAAUACUCCGUCAUCAUGGAAUACAACUUUUAGAUGUUUACUGCUGUGGUAGGUCAGAAAUUUCAUUAUUUGAUUUGCCAGAAAUGUCCACUGUAAUAUUAACGUGCAUCUUUUUUUGAAGCAUGAAUUCUGAAUUAAGCUUUUAUAAAUCUGACUAGACAAACCUCUAGAUUCUGGUUUAACAACAGGUUCUGUUGCCUUUCAGUCUCCAUUUUAACAGUGCUUUUGAAGUUUAUAUGCAGAAAGCUUUAAAAGUUAGUUUGUGCCCUUGGUUUUUAUUCUUACAACUGCUAAAAUACCUCUGUAAGCCUUAUCCUCUAUUAUUUCAUAUGUUGUAUAAUAAAUGUAUAGAAUUCAUUGACCAACUAAACUGUUGGGUGUCUGUAAAUGAGACCAAAAUGUGGGUUGCUUUUUUUCCUAAAAUUAUGUCUAUUGGUGGUUACUGUUAAAUGAACAGCAGCUAACCCAUAACUGUGAAUGCUUUGUGUCGUCAGUAUUUGCAUUACAUUCAUAAAAGUGUGCAAGUCCUGUGACUCCCAGCUUAACUAAAACACUGUUAUGCCACCUAACUUGAGUACAGCAAACUGGUUUUAGGUUUUAAUGGAAUUUAUGUAAAAUGA